UUAGUGCAUGGCCCGCCCCUCCGGGCGGAUAAAACUGCUGAGAAGCACGGGGGUCCGUGGUCCUGGACCUGCAGACACUGGAGGAAAGGUGUCGGAGGAACCUGGGAUGUUUGCGGCGUGUCCUUGGUCUUAGCGGGUGAAGCUGUGAUUUUGCCUCCUGAGGACAUAAUUGCGGGAAGCUGCGCCCCAGGAAGGGCUGUGGGCCCCCUCUGUCCAGUUUCCUGGCAGUUUUUGCUUCAUCUGCUCUGCCUUCCUGCCUCUCUGCCCACCUGCUCCUCCAAUGCAGCAAAUAUGGCUCGUCUGGUGGCAGAGAGUGCGUCCUGAGAACCGAAAACAAAAGAAGUGCACAGAUCCAGUCAAGGGUAUUAAGUAAGAGUGAACCGGAGAACUAUACAAUUGAACACACAAAUACGUGAGGAAGAAAAGUUCUUCUUUGUCACAGGGAUUCCUUUGCCUUUCAUUCGCCACCAGUCUCCUGCUGAAACGUCAGCUCCGGGAAAGCAGACGCCUGUGCUGGUUUCCUACUGUUUACACCGGUGCCGGAACCCCGCCUAGCGCGUUGCAGGUACACAGGCAGGAAACAGAGAACCGCCGUGGCCACAACCGGGAAGCCUGAUGAGCAGCGCAGGCAGCGAAGCCAGGCCGGCGGCGGCGGCGGCGGCGGCGGCCUUGGGAACGAAGGCUUGCAUGUGGGGCCGGGGGACACCGAGGCGCGGGUGGCUCUGAACCACGCGGCGCUGGGGCCACGGGCUCCCGGCCCCGAGAACAUGACCACAGCACAGAACGGCCAUGGGUGCGGAGCUGCGGUCCCCUGCUCCGUCCCUGAUCCGAAAGACCCGGGAAUGGUGUCCCACCCCGCGUGUCGGAACGGAAGCUGCGGCGCCCAGGAGGCCCGGCUGAGCCCGGCCAAGCUCCUGCGCCUCUUCUCCGCGGGCGCGGCCCGGACGCGCGCCGACCCCGAGCGGCCCCGCCCCGCCCGCCUGGCGGGCGUCUCCUCCUCCACGUGGAACGCCCUGGCCUCCUUUCGGAAAAUGGGGUCUUUCAAAAAACUGAAGUCCUCGGUACUCCAGGGAAUACAGAGCCGAGAGGGAUGGGAUGCGGCGAAGGAGGGGGCAUCGGAACACGACCUGGGAAAACCCGUCCCCAACGGCGCAGCGGCGGGCAUCCCGACGGGCAGGUGCGCCCUGGCCGGCCUGGCGGGCGGCGCCCUGGGCCUGGGACCCGGCUUCGCCUCCGACGGCUCGGACCCCGAGGAGGCCGAUGACGCCUUCGCCCGCGGCGCCCUCCGAUCCCGCAGCAUCCGGCGCGCCUACCGCCUGGGGCGCAUCCGCCUCCUGGACCCUGAGCCGCCCGCCCGGGAGCCCGCGGCGUGCGAGGCGCUGGUGCAAGAGCCCGAGAGGAACGGCGUCGUGUGCAGGCGGAGCAAGAGCACCGACAGCCUGGCCUUUCUGAGGAAGAGCUCCUUCCGACGGAAGUCGGCCUCCCACCUCGCCGACCUCCGCGAUGCGCCCGAGCCGCGGGGCCCCCGGCGGACGCUGAGCGGCUCGUCCGCCGACUCCGAGGGCUCCGGCGGGGCCCCCGCGAGGCCGCGGCGCUGGAGGAGCCCGCUCAGGGCCCCGGACCUGGCCCGCGUGCUGAGGCUGGUGGGCGGCGGCGCGGCCGGGCGGCCCGGGGACCCCGGGAGCGCACCGCCCGCGCCGCGGCCGCACAGCUGCCUGCACGACGACUACUCCCGCCGCGCGGCCGCCUUCCCCGAGCGCCUGUCCAGGAGCGCAGAGCCCCGGGACCCCGGCCCGGCGGAUACAGGGGACGCGGGCGCAGGAGGCGCAGCUCCGGGCGCCCACGGCUCCUCCUCCAGCCGGCCGGCCCAGGAGGUGUCCCGCCAAGGCGCCCAUGACCCAAGACCUGGCGGCGGCCGGUUUCCCGUGGAGCCCGAGCAGCCCCUGGGUCCCCCGAGGCCCACCACGCCCAAGCCCCCCAGCCCUCGGAGUCCGGGAGCAGCAAGUGCCAGGUGUCCCACCAGUGUCAGCGCGCUGUCCUUGAGUUCCGUGGACAGUGAGGAAAGGACAGAGGGGCCUCCGCUGCGGGAGCCAGGGCCUGGAUCCUUCCCGGACACUGCACGAGCCACCUGUGACAAGGGCAGUGAGGACAGCGGUGCUAGCAGCCACCCUCCGCCGGGCCUCGGAGGGGCGGCCAGGCAGGAAGAAGAGUCGGAGGAGGUUGUGACUGAAGAGUCCUGGAGGCGGGCCUCACCACAGGAGGAGGAGAAGACGGAGGCCCAGAGGAUCAGCCGGAGGAGAUGGGGCUCUGGGAGGCGGUCGAGGCCCCGACCGCUCUCCGACUACGGCCAGUCGGUCAGCCGAAGUUUGUCUAUUCCUGAAGAUUCGGUCGCCACCGACCCCCAGAGAGAGGACACCGAGGACGGCGACCGCCCGCCCGGCAUGGCCUCCCCGGACCCUGCAGACCAGACCCCGGACGCAGGCUGCCCCCGGUGGGCCCAGAGGAGACGCCCCAUCUCAGUGAUUGGCGGGGUCGGCGUCUACGGGGGCAGCCAGACUGGGGACACGGAGCAUCUGCUUCCCCAACCGGCCGCCCGGCCGCCCGUGCCAGCCCACCAGGUGCCGCCCUACAAGGCGGUGUCAGCCCGCUUCCGGCCGCUGGCCUUCUCCCAGAGCACUCCCAUCGGGCUGGACCGCGUGGGACGCCGGCGGCAGAUGAGAGCUUCCAACAUUUCCUCAGAUGGAGGGACGGAGUCUUCGGCCUUAGUGGAUGACAACGGCAGUGAGGAGGACUUCAGCUAUGAAGACCUCUGUCGGGCCAACCCCCGCUACCUGCAGCCGGGCGGCGAGCAGCUGGCCAUCAACGAGCUGAUCAGCGAUGGCAGUGUGGUCUGCGCCGAGGCGCUGUGGGACCACGUGACCAUGGACGACCAGGAGCUGGGCUUCAAGGCGGGCGACGUCAUCCAGGUCCUGGAGGCCUCCAACAAGGACUGGUGGUGGGGCCGCAGUGAGGAGAAGGAGGCCUGGUUCCCUGCCAGCUUCGUCAGACUGCGGGUCAAUCAGGAGGAGCUGUCGGAGGGCUCCAGCGGCACCCCGGGCGAGGAGCUGGAGGAGGACGCGGGCGGGAACCGCCACAAGCACCCUGAGAGCAAGCAGCAGAUGAGGACCAACGUCAUCCGGGAGAUCGUGAGCACCGAGCGCGUGUACAUCAAGCACCUCAGGGACAUCUGCGAGGGCUACAUUCGACAGUGUCGCAAGCACACGGCUAUGUUCACCGCUGUGCAGCUCAGCACCAUCUUUGGAAACAUCGAAGAUAUUUACAAAUUCCAAAGAAUGUUCCUGAAAGACCUUGAGAAACAAUACAAUAAAGAGGAACCUCAUCUCAGCGAAAUCGGAUCCUGCUUUCUUCAACACCAAGAGGGCUUCGCCAUCUACUCCGAGUACUGCAACAACCACCCGGGCGCCUGCGCCGAGCUGGCCGGCCUGAUGAAGCAAGGCCGGUACCGCCACUUCUUCGAGGCCUGCCGCCUGCUGCAGCAGAUGAUCGACAUCUCCCUGGACGGCUUCCUGCUGACGCCCGUGCAGAAGAUCUGCAAGUACCCGCUGCAGCUGGCCGAGCUGCUCAAGUACACGGCGCCCGCGCACGGUGAUUACAACAACAUAAAGGCCGCCUACGAGGCCAUGAAGAACGUCGCCUGUUUGAUCAACGAGCGGAAGCGCAAACUGGAGAGCAUUGACAAGAUAGCGCGGUGGCAGGUGUCCAUCGUGGGCUGGGAGGGGCCGGACAUCCUGGAGCAGAGUUCCGAGCUGAUCCACUCGGGGGAGCUGACCAGCAUCAGCAAGCAGGGCCGGAGCCAGCAGCGCACCUUCUUCCUGUUCGACCACCAGCUGGUGGCCUGCAAGAAGGACCGGCUGCGGAGGGACGUGCUCUACUACCGGGGCCGCACGGACACGGACGCCGUGGAGCUCGUGGACGUGGAGGACGGCCGCCUGGGCGCCUGCAGCCUCAGCGUCCGCAACGCCUUCAAGCUGGUCAGCCGCACCGGCGACGAGGCGCACCUGUUCUGCGCCCGGAAGCCCGAGGACAAGGCGCGGUGGCUGCAGGCCUGCAGGGACGAGCGCAGGCGGGUGCAGGAGGACCGGGAGCUGGGAAUGGAAAUUCCGGAAAAUCAAAAGAAACUGGCCAUGUUAAAUGCUCAAAAGGCAGGACACGGGAAGUCAAAAGGCUACGGGGUGUGCCCGGCGGCCCCGCCGCACCAGACCUUCCGACCGGUCCACCAGCGCCACGUCACCGUGCCCCCCAGCGUCCCCCAGCCGCAGGUCUUCGCCCUGGCAGAGCCCAGGAGGAAACCGUCGCCCUUCUGGCACACCUUCAGUAAGCUGGCCCCGUUCAGGAAGUGACGGCGGGAGAGCCCGGGAGAGGGGAGCCCUGCGCGCCUCUUCUGGGCGAGAGCCAGGAACCGGCAGGACCUGGGCUGAAGAGCUCUUGCGGGGAGCCAGUGACGAGGAGGCGGACCUGGCCUUGCCUGCAGGCUUCAGAGACCUGGCUGCGUCCUCGGGAGGGAAGGGGGCUCAGGACGCACGGCUCUAAUGCCCGCUGGACCCCGUGUGACCCCCGCCAAGGUGCCAAGGCCUGGACCCGGGCCGAGCUCUGAAGCGACGCUGGAUGGUGGCCCCAGGAGGAUCGCUGGUGACGAGCGCGCCGCGGUCCAGGCUCAGGGUGGGGCUGAGCGCUCGUGGGUUCCCGAGGACGACGGGUUAGGCUCACUUUGCAUGUGAUCUCGAAGGGGAUGGGGGCGGCGGGGUAGCGCCCUCCCACCGCCUGGACCCCUCCUGCGGUGUUGGGGCAGGGGUUACUGCAGCCCUGCAGGUGCCCCCGGGGUUCCCCGGUGUCUCCCGAAUCCACGCAGUUGCCAAGUGACGGUGCCUGCCUCCUCCUGCGAGGCCCUCCCGUACCGGCCGCAGGGGAUGGGGGGGGUCCGUCACGUGGCCCGGGGUCUGCAGUGCGCGGCAAAGCACGAGUUCCAGAGACACCGCUGCCCUCGAGGCACGGAGGGAAACCCGCUGCUGCGGGACUUGGCCCCUCUGGCCAGCGCUCCCCGCCCACGUGCCGUGUGUUAGUCCGUGAGCAGAGACCUGAGAGUCUGUUCACACAGGCCCAUCCACAAUAGAAAAACCCAUUUCCUUCAGUCUUGGGCUGAAGUGAAGGCACAGGUGUGCCAGGUGCAGGGCAUUCGCAAAGAGCACCCUCGCCCUCGGGGACGGUGACGGGAGAGCACGAUGCUGGGGGCUCACGUCCUCCGCACUGGAAGCUGGCUUUGCGGCACAAGCCCCGCCAGCAGCGCCAGGUGUGCGUGACCAGUGCCAGCGGGUUCCUGAGGACCCUGUAUAAAGGAGACCCAACAACAGAUCCAGGCCCGGCGACCGCAGCCUUUCCCAAGGACGGCCGCUCAGGCCGAGCCCUGCGGCAGGAGCCUCCCCUCUGUCUGUGCUGGUCGUUCUGAGGACAGUACCUUCCAGCUGUGGCUGAUCACACGGGCUCUGCAGGAGAGGCCUUUCGUUUGCCUCGUGCAGCGCCGGGGGGCGGGGAGGGCGUCACACGCCCCGUGUUUUCCGGCUUGAGGGUCUCUGUGCUGUUGCUGCCCUUGGAAGUGCCGUUUGCCAACAGGCCCGUGCUUAAGAAGAGACACACCUGUGCUGGCCUAGACAGGGCGGAACCUGAGCCUCCAGGUGUGGGCCCCCACCCCCCGCCCCAAGCUGUUCCCCAGAGGUGCGUCCCGGGGCCCCAGGGCGGGCCUUAGAGCAUCAGGCAGGAGUUGGUCAGGAAGUCUUACCACCCGCGGCCUGGCCCCGCCUUCUCCAGGUGCUCACUUGGAGAUGGCCUUGCGGGAAGGAGGUGCUGGCUCUGGGCGCCCUGGGGGGAGGCUGCUUCCUGAGGAACCGUGCGGAUCCGUGCGUCGGUGGGGGUGCUGCCUUUUGAGCGGCUUCUCUGUCUUAGCUGCCUUUCUGCAGCUGCCCUUGUGCCAACGAGACGUGACACUGUGUUCGAGGACUGCACCUAGUCGGCUUCUCCGUGGGCCCCGCAGCAGAGCCGAAGGGCCUCUGCUAGAGUGGUUGGAACAUGCGGCAGUUUUAAGCAGUUGGGCUGCUUGGUUUUUAAUAGAAGAGAAUUAGUUUGAGGAUGUAAAGAGAACAGUUCUUAUGAUCCGUUACCAGUGAGGAUUCAGCUCAAGGACAGGCGCUCCCAGAGGGCCCUGUCUCCCCCGCCCCCCACCGCCUUCGGCCGGAGCCCAGGGAGGAGGGGCUGGACAUGCCUUUGGCAGCCGGGUCUUGUCCCUGGCCCGCCCCCUCCUCCCGGGCUCCCCCACAGAAGGGCGGGAAGCGUGGACGCCAGCGCAGGUGUGCGUCCCCACUGCCCCGUCCACUGUGUACAACGUGACAGUCACUUGAUCAGAUGUCUGUCCUGCAAGGGCCUUGCUUGGAUUUCCAGGUGAUUUGAAAACUGAUAAAAUGCGUUUCAAAGGACAGAGCAUCCUUUAACUUCUUUAAAUCUGUGUGCUUGUGUUUAUUACCAUAUCCCUGAAUUCUUUACAGAAUAGAUGGCUCAGUGUUCUGUUUUACGUUUGCCAAACUUCCUCCUUGGUUUAAGUCACUUGGAGAGAAAAGGAGAAAAAGCAAAGAGCCUCCUGUAAAGACUGUCUAUGUGCGUUUCACUGGGGAGCUCGCCUUCUCUGUCUGUCCUUUUCUCUUUUUAACCCCCCAUUGCACAAUGUGGGUGGACCCCCCCCCCAAAAAAAGGUGGCAUCACCUUUCUGAUGAAUUUCACUUACUCUCUCAUUCGUGUUCCCAGACUUGCCAGCUCUGUUGAAAGACCAUGGCAGUGGCCUCAGGUCCCAGCAGCCUUCUCAGUUUGGAUCUUGCCUAAACUGUGUAACCACCUUGUGGCAGAUUGUACGCGGUCGUGAAACAGAAGGUUGUCGGUAAAGUCCCGGAGGAGUAGCGUACUUUGUCUUUGUUUUGCAAACUGGAAGAAGAGGGCGGUCUGCCAGCCCUCCCUGGGACGGCAUCUCCAGAGCUUGCUCUCAGUAGAUCUGCUCUUUUCCCCGGGCAGGUGUGAUUUUGUAGUUGAAGACAUAUCACUCCCAUUUCCACGCUACUUUGUGCCUUUUUAUUCGUCCCACAAAGACUAAACCCCAUUCCUGUUCAGAAAACCCUCUCAAUCCCCCAUUCCGUUGUCCAGACAAAGAGCAAAGUGCAUUUAAUUCAGUUUGUCUCACAACAGGAAUGCCUUGUGAAAGCCACGACCCAGCGUUUCCUCAGUGGGGUUUGCUCUGUGCCUGGGCUGGUUUUCCCGGUGCAGGUCCCCCAGUGACCUGGCCAGAGCACAGCAGCCCCACCACCUGGAGUUGGGGGGGAAUAGCGGUGCGAUACCUUGUUGAGAGGAGAAACAGAUGUGUCCCCAGCUCUGUGCCAACGAGGGCAGAUUAACGUGGCUUCUAGGCCAGGGGUGCUCGGCACAGAUCAACAAGGUCAAGCUGUCCCCAAACAGUCGUCCCCACAGUGUGCAGGUGACCCUGCAAAUGGUCCUCCGUGUUAAAAUUUCCCUUGGCCGGUGCUGCUUUCUCGGGAUGGGUGCAACCAAGGUGGCACCCGCAGGAUUCUGAAAAUAAGAAGUAGAAACUGUCUGAUCUUGAAAAAAGAACAAAACGAAAACCCAGAAACUUAAAUACUUGAUGCAGAUUUAGUUAGAACAAACUUAACAUGACUGUUCUUGUUUUUUAGGUACCUGACACUUGUAUUUAGAAAAUACUUUUAACUGAUUCUGUGCUUUAACCGACGUUUUUCUGGUUUGUUUUUUUGUGUGUGUGUGUAAAUACGAGCAUCAGUUGUGUAUGACUUGGCUGCUUUACAAGGCUCUGGCCACCUCUUCCUUCGGUUCUAGCUCAUCAAGUCGCCGUCGUCUGUGUCCGUCGGGCGACAGCUUCCAGGCUGAGGAAGAUGCUGUUGGCCGCUGACGAGUGUGGUACAAGGUCGCUGCAACUGACGUGUAUUUUCUCUGAAUGAAGUUUUUGUAAAAAAAAAAAAAUUAUUUACAAUGUUAUUUGAAUGAUCUCUUGUAAAUGCUGUGAAUCUAUAUUUGUCAUUUUGUAUCUAUACAUUAAAGUUAAUUUGCCAGCCUGGC